AUGGGCGUCCGGAGAGGAAAGAGACAGGUUGAUCAGAUAGAUCUGACCCAAAGCGAUGAUGAGAAUCCACAGUCAACCCCCAAGACACCCCGCGUCACUCGUGGACAGCGUCUUGGAGAGGAUACCCUCUUUGCGCCCUUGAGCCAGUCGUCGCAGCUGGCCGCAGACGAUGAAGAGGAUGACGCGCAAGCUGCAGAUGUAAUUCCGGGUAGCCAGGCUGCUGAUGAUCCGGCGGCUGGCAGUUCGAUGCUUUACGGGAAUGUAAAUACCAAGAUUGUGGGCGACAGGCUGCCUUUGAGUGAAUUCAAGCAGAGAGAGCGUGAAGAGCGCAAGCAGCAGAAGGAGCGCGAAAAGGCCCGGAAAGAGGCCGAAAAAAGAGCUCGUGCGCUAGCCAAAGGCAAAGGACAACAGUGGGAGGCGGCGAAUAACUCCAUGUUUUCCAACCUUUACGCUGGUGAUGGCAGUAUUGAGGGAGGAGAGAGCCUAGAGGAACUCAUUGGCCAGAGCAGCACUUUCAACCCUCGGGAUAUCGGUCAAGUCGCCGAGAACUUUGGUUUAAGUGAAGCAGACUUGGCAAAAAUGCCUAUGGCUGAUCGUCCUGCUGCUCUUUCGACGGAACUCCUUCCUUAUCAACGCCAAGGACUGGCUUGGAUGAUUGAGAAAGAAAAUCCGACACUCCCUGCUGCUGGGUCUGAGGAUGUGGUACAACUCUGGAAGAGAAAGGACAAUAGAUUUACGAACAUUGCGACAAAUUUCUCCACAUCCAUUGCACCCCCUCUCGCAAGUGGCGGUAUUCUGGCUGAUGAUAUGGGACUUGGAAAGACUAUCCAGAUCAUUUCACUAAUUCUGGCAAACUCCGCACCAAAGACCCCAGGCUAUUCCAAAACUACACUCAUAGUAGCUCCUGUAGGAGUUAUGAGCAAUUGGAAAAACCAAAUACAGGAUCACACACACAGCGAGAGCGCUCCACAGGUACAUGUCUACCAUGGGACAGGAAAGAAAGAAGCCGCCAAUCUUGACCAGUACGACGUAGUAGUGACAAGUUAUGGUGCUCUUGCAUUGGAAUACAACCCGAAUGCAAAAGUGCCCCCGAAAAAAGGAAUUUUUUCCGUCCACUGGCGCCGUGUGGUCCUUGAUGAGGGACAUACCAUCCGUAAUCCACGGUCCAAAGGCGCGUUAGCAGCAUGCAAUCUGCGGGCAGACUCUCGCUGGACCUUGACUGGCACGCCAAUUGUCAAUUCCCUCAAGGAUCUUUAUUCUCAGGUUCGCUUCCUAAAGCUUUCCGGGGGCCUUGAGGAUAUGACGGUUUUCACUAGCGUGUUGAUCCGACCUCUUAUGUCUGAGGAUCCAAAUGCUCGAUUGCUUCUCCAGGCACUUAUGAGUACCAUCUGUUUACGCCGUAGAAAGGAUAUGGAGUUUGUGAAUUUGCGUCUGCCGCCCCUUACUUCCCGCGUUCUUCGUAUUAAGUUCCACACUCACGAGCAGGAGAAAUAUGAUAUGUUCCAGUCCGAAGCGAGAGGCAUGCUUCUAGAUUUCAAGUCCAAAGACAAGUCCAGCACCACCUACUCACACCUCCUCGAAGUGAUCCUUCGUCUCCGACAAGUCUGUAACCACUGGGCGCUCUGCAAAGACCGUAUUGAAAAGCUCGCGCAGCUCCUGGAGGAUAAUAAGGUCGUCCCGUUAACGCCGGAGAACAUCAAAGCCCUUCAAGACAUGUUGAGAAUCCAAAUUGAGAGUCAAGAGACAUGCCCGAUCUGUCUAGACACCCUAGAGCAACCGGUCAUCACAGCCUGCGCCCAUACUUUCUGUAAAGGUUGCAUUGAACAAGUAAUCGAACGGCAGCACAAAUGUCCCAUGUGUCGUGCUGAGAUCACCGAUACAUCCACACUCGUCGAACCCGCUGUCGAAAUGGGCGAAAGCACUGAAACUGUGGUCGCAGACCCCGAUACUCCAAGCAGUAAAAUCGAAGCUCUAAUCAAAAUCCUCACAGCCCAAGGCCAAGCGCCUGGCACGAAAACAGUCGUCUUCAGCCAAUGGACCUCAUUCCUGAACCUCCUCGAGCCUCACCUCAACCGCUAUGGCGUCGGGUUCGCCCGUGUCGACGGCAAAAUGAGUUCGUUAGCCCGCGAUAACUCAACCUAUCGAUUCUCCCAUGAUCCCAACUGCAAGGUCCUUCUCGCCAGCUUGAGCGUCUGCAGCGUCGGCCUCAACCUAGUUGCAGCAAACCAGGCCAUCCUCGCUGAUAGCUGGUGGGCCCCGGCAAUAGAAGACCAAGCCGUCGAUCGAGUCUAUCGCCUCGGACAAACACGCGAAACAACCGUCUGGCGUCUUGUGAUGGAAGAUAGCAUCGAAGAUCGCGUCCUAGCCAUCCAGGAAACAAAGCGCAAGUUGAUGUUAGCCGCUUUCCGCGAGACUGCCAAGAAAAAGAAGGUGGAUGAUAGAGCGACUCGGGUUGCAGACCUCGAGAAGCUGCUUACUUGA